GAGUAAUAAAAAGGGGUAAUAGGGUAAAGUACAAAAUAGGAGAGAGAAAAGGAGAAGAAGUUUGACCUAAAUACCCAUCUCCGCACAGCUCGCAACCCUUGCUCUUCUGCCCUUGCCUUCUCUCUUUUCCCCAAUUUCCCAUUUCUCUCCUUCCUCUUCCCUUUUUACCCGCCACUUCCAAUUUCCCGUUACUCUCUCUCUCCAAUCUUUUUUGAAUUUUUUCUGUGUUUUUGCAUCCUAUCUUCUGAUUCAAUUUUCACCAGAUUCUUCUACUCCCGACUUUCUUCGUUUGCAGCUAGCUCGAUUUUUUUUUUUUUUUUGUUUUUGGAACUGCUCGCUAGCUCUGUCAACGCCACCAACUCUGCAACUUGAUGUGAGAAAGAUUUCAGUUUUUUCUGCUUUCAGGUGUAAAAAAAUGUCAAAUCACAACAACGUGCUGCUCGGACAAAACAAUGCCAUACCUCUUAACCGCAUCCAGCAUGUAGUGCUGAACCGUAACCACAACAUGGUUAUCGCCCAAAACCAUGUCUUGGAAAUCGGACAGACGCACGAACAAGAAACCGAAUUGGUUCAGACACAUGACCAGCAGGUGGACAAUGGUGACGAAUUCGAACAGCAGAACGGGUUAUCAAUUGAGGAGAAACCCGAUCAAGAAGAGUUGGAUAUCUCCGACCAAGAUGAAUUAGCCAUUUCCGAAACCCAAGAACUCGACGAAAACAUGGAAUUAGCAAUCCACCACGAAGACAUGACCAUGGACUCCAUGCAUGACGACGAUGAAAUGGGCCUCCACCAUGCUCUUGUGCUCACUCCCUCGCACGUUAUCCAACAGAGAACACUCGCUUUAACACCCAACUUCGAAAUCCACGUGGGCCAAGAAUUCCCCGACGUCAGAGCUUGCCGUAGGGCUUUGCGAGACACAGCCAUCGCCCUCCACUUUGAGAUGCAGACGAUAAAAUCCGACAAAACCCGAUUCACCGCCAAGUGCGCAAACGAAUCUUGCCCGUGGCGAAUCCAUGCUGCAAAGCUGCCCGGUGUGCCGACCUUCACAAUCAGGACCAUAAACGACAGCCAUACGUGUGGUGGAAUCGGGCAUCUCGGCCACCAACAGGCCUCCGUUCAGUGGGUGGCCAAUUCUGUGGAGCAACGUCUCAGAGAGAACCCUAAUUGCAAGCCGAAAGAAAUCUUGGAAGAGAUUCACAGAGUGCACGGUAUCACUUUAUCUUACAAACAAGCAUGGCGUGGGAAGGAGAGGAUUAUGUCCGCCAUGCGUGGCUCCUUUGAAGAAGGCUACCGUCUCCUCCCACAGUACUGCGAGCAAAUCAAACGAACCAAUCCAGGGAGUAUUGCGUCUGUUUAUGGAAACCCUGCAGAUAACUGCUUUAAGCGUUUAUUUAUUUCAUUCCAGGCUUCGAUGUACGGUUUCCUAAAUGCGUGUCGUCCACUUCUUGGGCUCGACCGAACAUUUUUAAAGAGUAAGUACUUGGGCACGUUGCUUCUUGCUACUGGUUUCGAUGGGGAUGGUGCACUUUUCCCUUUGGCGUUUGGUGUUGUCGAUGAAGAGAGUGACGAAAACUGGAUGUGGUUUCUUUCGGAGCUGCAUAACCUUCUCGAGGUCAAUACCGAAAACAUGCCGAGGCUUACGAUAUUGUCAGACAGGGCAAAAGGCAUUGUCAACGGUGUUGAAGCCAAUUUCCCCACUGCCUUUCACGGCUUCUGCAUGCGUCAUUUGAGCGAGAGCUUCCGCAAAGAGUUCAACAACACAAUGCUCGUUAACCUAUUAUGGGAAGCCGCGCACGCACUUACGGUUAUUGAAUUCGACAACAAAAUAUUAGAAAUCGAAGAGGUUUCUCAAGAUGCAGCGUACUGGAUCAGACGACUCCCGGCCCGUUUAUGGGCAACGGCGUACUUCGAAGGGACGAGGUUCGGACAUUUGACGGCUAAUAUAGUGGAGUCGCAAAACAGUUGGAUCUUGGAAGAUUCUGGACUUCCAAUAAUUCAGAUGAUGGAGUGCAUAAGAAGGCAGCUCAUGACAUGGUUCAACGAGCGGAGAGAGACGAGCAUGCAGUGGACCUCGAUACUGGUCCCCACCGCAGAGAGGCGGGUCGCCGAGGCGCUCGAGCGGGCCCGCACGUACCAGGUUCUUCGCGCGAACGAGGCUGAGUUCGAGGUUAUAUCGCACGAGGGGACGAACAUUGUUGAUAUCAAGAACAGGUGCUGUCUCUGUCGGGGGUGGCAGCUUUACGGUUUGCCGUGUGCGCAUGCUGUGGCGGCUCUGCUCUCGUGCAGGCAGAAUGUGCAUCGGUUCACUGAGAGCUGCUUCACUGUGGCGACUUAUAGGAAGACGUAUUCGCAGACUAUACAUCCUAUUCCGGACAAGACUCUGUGGACUGAGUUGUCGGAGGGAGAUGUGGAUAAGGUGUCGGAAAUGGUUAUUCAUCCGCCGAAGUCGCUGCGUCCACCUGGCAGGCCGAGGAAGAAGCGUGUUAGAGCAGAGGAUCGUGGGCGGACCAAGAGGGUUGUGCAUUGUAGCCGGUGCAAUCAGACGGGUCAUUUCAGGACAACAUGUGCAGCACCGAUAUGAGUACUCUCUCUCUCUCUCUCUCUCUCUCUCUCUCUCUCUCUCUCUCUCUCUUGUUGUGGGUAGUUGUUGUUUGGUGAUGUAAUGAAGUUAUGAUGCUACAAAAAGAACCUUUUUUUUUUUUUACCUGUGCAGAGAUGUUUACGACUUAGUAGCUAAAGAUUAAUUAGUUGAGGUUGCAAAUCAUCGUUGUGAUUGAUUGUCAGAUAAUUCAGAUAUUUUUUUUUAGUUUCGUAUGAGUACUGUGAUUCGGUUGUUUGAUUUUCCGUGCCGUGUAAUUCUCAAUCUUCGAUAGUUGUUGUCAUACGAUUUUUGCAGAUAUAUAUUUGUGUUCAUUUCGAAUU